UGUAAACAUGCCCACUAACCUACAAACGUCAAAGUGCUCCGAAAAAACUUCCGCAAGAAAUCAACAGUGGAAUUAAAAAUCCAAUCAAUUAAACUUGAAAAAUCCAUCAUAAAUUGUAAUAAAACGAUCAUUAAGUCAUUGUUUUGGUUGGAAUAGUGGAGAUAUGACUUUAACUCUGUGAAUUUACUAUUAAUUGCCAUCAGGAUUAAUUGUUUAAUCAAUUGAAAUAGUUCGAUAAUUUAACAAACAGAAAAAUCGUUCAAAAGACGUCGGAAGUGGCAUUUAAAUUUAUCCGGAAAAUAGACUGCAAACAUGGAGACAUGCGACUUUAAGUGAACGGCGCCUACUGCCUGAUAUGCUCACAGACGUUUGAAGCCGUUGAACCCCUAGUAGAAUAAAAAAAUUCACGAAGAAUUCCCUUUUUGUCUGAAUUUUUAUGCGUUCUAAAAAUCUACUUGUUGUCGCUGGAUUCUGGGAAGUGUCAGCACCAUCAAUAUUUUGUGAUGAUCAAGUCGAAUGUAAACAUGCCCACUAACCUACAAACGUCAAACUGCUCCGAAAAAACUUGCACAAGAAAUCAACCGUUAAUUUAAAAACCCACUCGAUUAAUCUUGAAAUCAUAAAUCGUAAUAAUCAUAAAUCAAUCAUAAAUCGCAAUAAAACGAUCAUCAGUUAAUUGUUUCGACCUGCAUAGUGGAGAUAUGACUCUAACUCUGUGAACUUACCAUCAAUUUCAAUUAUAAAUAAUUGUUUAAUCAAUUAAAACACUUCAGUAAUUCAACAAAUAAAAAAUCAUUCCAAAGACAUUGGAAGUGGAAUUUAAAUGCGAUUUUAAGUGGACGGAUCUCGAAGAAUUCACUUUUUUGUCUGAAUUUUUAUGUUUCAAAAAAUCUCCUACAAACGUCAAACUCCUCCGAAAAUCUUCCGCAAGAAAUGAUCCGUUAAAUUAAAACCCCACUGAAUUAACUUGAAAAACCAAUCAUAAAUCCUAGUAAAUCGAUCAAUCAAUCAAUUAAUUGUUUGAACUCGCCUACCUUCCCACCAAUUACCAUUAUAAUUAAUUGUUAAAUAAAUUAAAACACCUCAAUAACUUAAAAAUAAAAAGAUCAUUCAAAAGCCCUUGAAAAUGGAAUUCAAGUUCAUCCAAGAGAUAGACAGCAAGCACGGUGCAGUGAGAGCAGUGAGAUUCUCAGUGGACGGUGCAUACUGCUUGACCUGUGGUUCAGACAGACGUGUGAAGCUGUGGAAUCCCCACAAGAGCGCUUUACUAAAAACGUACAGUGGCCAUGGGGACGACGUGAUGGACGUCUUCGCAGCUUGCGACAGCAGCCAGAUACUCUCCUGUGGACUGGACAAAUCGGUGAUCCUGUGGGACGUGGCCACCGGCUCCCCAGUGAGGAGAUUUCGAGGUCAUGCAGGUGGGGUGACAGCUGUGAGGUUCAACGAGGAGUCCUCGAUGGGGGUCUCGGGGUCUCGCGACAACUCAGUCAUGUGUUGGGACAUGAGGUCGAGGUCCUACGACCCAGUGCAAACGCUGAACGACGCCAAAGACGCCAUUUCCAGCGUCAGAGUGACUGAUCACGAGAUCCUGGCAGCCUCCUUCGACUGCAGGAUCAGGAGGUACGACAUCAGAGUUGGAGAGGCUGUGACGGAUUGCCUGGGGGAGCCUGUGGUCUGUGCCAGCUUCACGAGGGAUGGACAGUGCGUCCUGGCUAGCUGUGCUGAUGGGGUCAUCAGGCUCAUGGAUAAAGACACUGGGGAACUGCUAGGGGAGUUCAAGGGCCACUCUGUCAAGGAGCUGUGUCUCGAGUCCAGUGUUGACUGCUAUGACACUAAAGUACUCUCUGGGUCUGCUGAUGGGAACAUUUGGGUGUGGGAUCUGGCCACUCAGGAUGUUCUGGGAAAACUCAGUGGGGACAGGGCGACGAAGCAUCCAACUGUCUCUCUUAGUGUUCAUCCACAGGAGAAUUGCGUUGUGGGGGCUAAUGGGAGCUGCAUUCUUAUGUGGACUGCUAAGAAAGAUGAGUCGUGAUUUUGUAGGGAGCUGGGGAGAUUAAAGAGGUCUUGGAGUUUUCUGUAUGUAAUUUUCUUGUUUAUGAUCCUCCAAAAAACUUCCACCUUCUCAGCCAUGGACGGUCGUAACAGCAAUUUUAAUUAGAAUUGAAAAAGGAAAUAAUCGAGAGAAAAAAACAAUUUUUUCAUCAUUUGCCACACAAAGUGUUCUUCAUCAAGGUGUUCGUUUAUUAUAUUUAACAACUCAUUAGUUAUUUACAAGUUAUGGCAAAAAUAUCUUAAACCAAAGAAAUCUCAAAAUUGAAAAAAAUACAACAGUAAACAGACACCUGUUGGAGCCCUUCAUAACUGUCACCAACAAGUUAUGAAUGAAAAGAACUGUCUUUUUAUGCUCCUUUUACUCGAUAAGAAUUUCUUCGGACAGUCAUCUACUUCGAGAGGUGCAUUACUGGAGAGCUGAAGCUCUGAAAAAUAAUGUUCGUCCAAUCAAUUAACUGUCAUUAAUGAUGAAGUACUGAAAAAAUUAUUGAAAAUGCAUUCAAGAAGUCUUGGGGCUGUUUAAUAAGAAUUGAAAAAGGAGAGAAUUAAGAGAAAAAAAUAAUUCCUCCACUAUUUGCCAAUGUUUCGAACACACAAAGGGUUCUUCAUCAGGGCGUUUAUUUAUUCUAUUUAUCAACCCACUAGUUAUUUACAAGUUGUGACAAAAAUAUCUUAAACAAAAGAAAUCUCAAAAUUGAAAAAAAAACAACAGUAAACAGUUACGACAGUAAAAGUUACGAAUGAAAAUAAGUGUUUUUUUUAUUCCCUAGUUUAAAAGGUGCAUUAUUGGAGACCUGAAACUCUGGAAAAUAAUGUUCGUCCAAUGAAUUAAUUUUCAUUAAUGAUGAAGUCCUGAA